AUGAUCGACUUACUCAGGAUAUCCGGCAGGCUUGGGUCAGGUACCGAGGUGGAGCCACGAGGAGCGCGGUGGACGUCAGAAAUCCUCAAUCGUGAGGACGGGCCGAUCGCUACGUUCAUAUUCCGCUAUAGGCCGCUUGGGCUCUUACAAGCACAGGGUAUCGCGCCCCUUCCGGAGCAACCAGUGGAGUCGUCAAAACGUCUCCGUCAAGCGGAUUCGCCUCUACCUGGUCCCCCCACGCAAGCGAAGCGUCCACGCACUGGAUCCCCCAUUCCCGUGAUGACAGGAAACGCAGACGUCAAACCCGACAUUUCAGAGCUCUCUGACGGCGACGAUGAUUUGGAUGCUUUGAACACCCAGCUGUCACAAAUCCAGGAUCGUAUCAACCGUGCGAAGGCAAAGAAGGGGCGUAGCUCCCCCGCAGCCACCAAAGUCAAGAAGGAGGAGCCUAAGACGUCUGCUCGCGAUGCCCUCGACGGAGACGUGAUCGAUCUGACCAUGAGCGACUGA